AUGGGGUAUGCGACCGUUAACGAGAGCACGUUCUAUGUCCAUGGAGGAUUCACCUAUCGUGCUCAGGGUACAGGGUCCGCAAGCGUUCUCACCAACCAAAUGUUCGACUUGGAUCUGACUGUCCCCUGGACCAACACCAGACCAGCGUGGCGCAACGUCAGCCCUUCCGACUCGCCCAAUAUUACCUGGCAUUCCUUGUCGGUCACCAACGAUCAAGCACAACUCUUCCUGUGGGACUCGCCUAGCGGAGGCGCUUUUUCAACCUUCGACAUCCAAACCGCCUCAUGGACCCCAAGUUAUCCUGUCUCGAAUGGCUACAAGGCGAACGGACUCCGGAGUGCAGUGAAUCAAGUUACCGGUAUGGUCAUUGUCCCUAGUGCACUUACUGAGGGAACGGAAACGUUUGAGACAGCUCCUCCGAUCACGGCAACAUUGUCCUACACAACCUCAACUAUGCCUGCCGAGAUUGCUGGUCUUACCCAUUACACCUUUGUCUGGUCGACUCUACGUUCUGCGAUGCUGCUCUAUGGUGGACAUUCUAAUACCACUCGGCCUAACCCUGUACUUCGCCAAAUGGUGGUCUUUGGAGGAUGUGACAUCGGAGUGAACUCAAAAUCUGACAUCUUCAUCCUGGACGUCCAGACGAUGACCUGGACUCAAGGAACAUCUGCGUCCGAAAAUGAUGCACGCUGCAACAUGGCCUGCACUGUCAGGGGCGACUACUUCAUCGUCUGGGGAGGCAACAAUAACUAUACUGUACUGCUGAAUAAUGCACCAUUGAUCUACAACAUCAGGGAAGACAAGUGGGUCACCCAGUUCUCGCCAAUCUUACCAACUGACGGGCCACCAACACCAAGAUCAUCGACAACGUCUGGUUCAACCCCAGGACCUACAAACUCAACAUCGAACACCACCACCCCUUCAGGCCCCAACACAGCAGCGAUAGGCGGAGGAGUAGCGGGCGGUAUGGUCGUUUUGGGACUUUUAGCGUUCCUCUUUUACCGGAGACGCAAGCAGGUCAUCUCCAAGAUUGAAUAUAAAUCGGAUUCCUCCGAGACGCCAUUGGACGGCUCUGCUCAUCAUGCUCCUCCUUCUGCCACCCGACACGACAUCGAGUCUCCACCUUAUCCACCCAACCAAUCUUUGUCCGCUUUAUCUCCACGCCCACUGCAACCACGUCCUGUAAGCAACCAACACGACUACAUUGGCAUGAAAUCCAUCGUCCAGGCCGAACCUUUCGCAUCCUCUGCCAACCACUCCGGCCAAAGGAAUUCCUUCCUCCUCCGCAGCCCACAGGGGGAGAAUGUUUAUGCUGACAAUGACGGUAUUAACGGCAAAGAACCGUUUGCCUAUGGUAACGAUAUCGACAAGGAUAACAACCAUCGCAAUCCCCCGUUAUUCGGACCUCGGAACCCUCAAGAGUACAUGCCGGUAGCAACAAAGAAACCUCAAGACCCUCAAUACCAACCUAUGAGCCCGACUUCAGUCGCCCGGGAGUUAUGGGCUUACCCUCAGCGGCCUAAUGAACCUCAGGGCGACGGAACGAAUGUCGCGGUCGUUAGCAGCGGCGCUGGUGGAGGAGAUGGUGGUGAUGGUAUGGAUGGGCUGGAUUUGAGGCAGCAGAUUGCAUAUAUCCAGGCACAGAACCAGGAUAUCGAGCGUAUGAGGAUAGAGCAACAGCAGAUGUUGCGUAAACUACAGGACCGACUCGAUGGGCAAGGAAAGAGCGCCUAA